AUGAACUUGACCCGCGGAAGCAAUAUCUCGGAAUCAUCAGAGAAUGUGAAGGACAAAGAGAACAAGGGCAUCAGACCGCAGGAGAUGUUGAUCAAGAUGGAAGAUUCCCUAGGACUACACUUAACUAGCGGAGCCAAAGAAAAGUCCAUCCAAUAUCCACCAUCUGCAGGACCAGUGGAGAGCGCCAGAAUGUCUCCAACAAACCGCCAUCAAGGAACGGUAUCCUCCAUCUCCAUACCUAAGCAAACAUCACCCGAGCCAUCCACACAAACUUGGACUGUUUUCCUCGGGAAUCACGACGGACAAUCAUUGCCGUCGACACAGCCGUCUCUUCUGAUGGCGAAGAGUCGGACCGCAGCCCUACGCCGUUUCUUUCCCGAACUGUCCUUUACCGACUUCGUAUCUGUGUCUUCGAUAGGAGCUAGUGCUGGUGCCCAUCAGCAAAGCGCCGGGCUAAUCGGGUUCUCGUCGAAUUUUGAGACAGAACUCCGCGAGCGGGUUCAAACCCUCUACAAGACUUCGGCUAAUGCUGUUGAUAUACUAGCCACAGACGUGAAUGAAGCUCUGAAGCAAAAGACAGCAUCUUCGCUGUCGGGCUCCGGGGAUUUAUUUGACUGCGCCUCGUCUUUCUAUAGUAGCCGGACUUCUAUCGCGAGUGUUGAGACAGAAUGCUUCAGGCCAGUCACAAAAGAACCUCAUCGAUGCUCCAUUCUCUCACCCGUUGCGGCUGGUGUCUUUGACUAUGCUGUUUCGGCGUGUUCUUUGCGAGCUCCGACGUUCGUCCCGCCAGUACCGACUGAAUCGGCAUCUAGCAAAGGCAACGCGUCAGGCUCUACCUAUCCAUCGUGCUCAAUUUCGCCAUCUCGACGCACUUCAAUUUUCCCCAAGCUAUCGUUUAACGACAUCAAGAACAAGCCUCUCCCCCUCGAGCCCGGCGAAGAUCCCGGUCCGCUAGCCAUCCACCGCAAUCACUACGGCCCCCUAUCUGCAACAACAGUAGCUUUGCAAUCAUCCAGAUUUCAUUCGACCUAUCAUGACCACGAGCUAAACCACAAGACCACAGGCAUGCACCGAAAUAAAUCUGGGAAAGCAUGUCAUAUAUGUGGAGAUUGCACUGAUCAUGAUCUCAGUCGAUCUUUCUCGGGCGGUCGCAUUGAGCAGUCAGAAACCGGCAAUGGCCAUCGUCUGUAG